AAGUAAAUGAUAAAAGCUGUUAAGCUGUCUAUCGCAGAUUGAUCCAAACAAAUUGAGGUGUUUCUUUUAUUCAGACAGUGACCACCUGAAUGCACUAGUUUUGAGUAAAAGGAGUAUGAAUAUUAGGAGUAUUUAGCUCUGAAGGACAGAUUACUAUUAUUAUUAGAAUUAUUUACAGGAUUCAGUUUAAAUUAGAAUGGAGCUAGAUGAUGUUUCUCAUACCUCUGUUUUGUUCUGUGACUUUAGGUGUCUUUCAUGUAAGUUGUAGAGCUAGCUAGAGUUUUACUAUAUGGUUUAUCUGUUGUUUCCCAUACAAAAGUGGGCUUUUGUUUUUAUUCUAUUGUCUGCCAUUCUUGUUAAGCUUGAAUUAGACAUCUGAUUUUAUAAUUACUUAGUAUUUCACAGUAUUGGGUUUUUGGUCAUGGUAUAAUCAAGUUUUUCCACUGCUUUCUACUGUACUUUGUCCUUUGGCUGUUUGGGAGGCAAGUAAAUCUUUUGUAUAUAUUGCCAUUUAUAAUUGUUAUAAAGAACCUUUCAACUGCUUGGAAAGAUUUAAAGCUUUCUGAAGCAUCUACUUCCAGUUUCCCCUUCAUGUCAUGUAUUACGGUGAAUGUAUAUACUGUGAAUUCACUGUCAUCUUUCUCUUUCUUUCUUACUAAUGAGCUUGCAUGCGGCGCUCCUCAUCUCCUUGUAAAAGAUGACUUUAGUAAGAUACUUGGACGAACACCGCCCUCUCCCCAUUCAACUUCCUCAACGUGUUGACUGAAUACUGAAACAGUCACCAAGUUAGCCUGGUCACUUCACAGCACUUUAGUCCUAGUGUUGUUUCUCCUGCAUGUGUGACACUGGCCAGGCAAUGAGGGGAGGAAUUCAUCUGCUGCUCCUGGCAGUGUCUGUGCUCCUGGUGAGAUGUCAGCAAAAGCCGCAAGUCUCUGUGUCACCCGCAUUAAAUGAGAUUUUCUCCGGGGACUUGUUUUACCUGAGCUGUGAGGACAGUUCAAGUGGGAGCACAGUGAAAUGGUAUUUCAACGGCACGGAGCAAGCGGUGGAGACAAAAACCUGGAGGGUAGCAUCUGCUACCCCCGACCAGUCAGGCUCUUAUCAGUGUGAAAUCAGUGGGCAAAAAAGUGACAUGAAGCACAUCAUCAUCAAUGCAUAUGUUCCCAGAGCCUUACUCACCAUCAAGACAGGCCACCCAGUGAUGAAGAAUGGAAGCGCAGUUGUCCUGAAUCUCUACAACGACAACCGUCUGAGUGGAUGGAGGUGCUGGGUCUACAGGGGAGACCGGACAAGGGAGAUUUUGUUAAGAGCGAAUAAUGACGUCAGUCUGGACUUUCAACCCAGAAGACUGGAAGUUCCUGAGACCAUUUUCUGGUGUACUGACCGUAAUAAACAAAUUAGAAGUAACCAAAUCACAGUCUGGACUUCAGACAAGAAAGUAUUGCUGGAAAUGUAUCAUCUGCCUGCUGUGGCUGGAGAAAGGCUGACUCUGCGGUGCCUUGUCUUGGGCACAAACCAGAUAAGCCACACAAUUUUCUACAAAGAUGACGCAACAAUUCAGGAAAGUGCCGAUCCUACUUACACUAUCCCCACUGUGACCGAAUCUGCAAAGGGAAGAUAUAAGUGCCACGCCACCUUCACAUACAAGGAUAGCACUGUAAGGGACCCGUACAGUUUGGCCUCUGAUAAUCAAGAGGUGUUUGUCCAAGUGGCUUCUAUGAAGGCGGUUCUGUCUCACAACGUCGGCUUGUCGUGUUCUUGUCCACUUUGUCCCAGUGAUACUUCCUAUCAUUGGUACUACAAAGAUGAUGAUGAUGAUGUUGGUCAGCCAUCACACCCUACACAAUCCAGCGGAGGGUUCAUGAUGCCAAGGACAAGCGGUACUUAUGCCUGCAGAGCUGUGUGGGACAAAGGGAUGUCUCUUCUCAGCAACAGUUAUGUUUAUAAACCUCCAAUCAAAAUCAUCCUAGUGUUUGUAGUCAUCGGGCUGUUGAUUCUAUUUUUAGCCUGUGGACUUGCAGUUUAUCUAUGGUACAAGAAGAGAAGUGCCACAGGACCAGUAUACGAGGAUGUGGCACUGAGGACACGAGACAAAGGUGAUGACAAAUACGAGGUGCUACCAGGUGGUGCCGGAAGGGAAGCCGAGUACGACAUCCUUCACCCGGAAGCAACGGGCAAAGAGAGGAAGGGAGAAUAUGAAGCACUUAAGAAAGAGGGAAUGAAGGGGGAAGUAUAUCACACCCUGGGAGGAGAGGGGGCAGCAGGAGGAGCAGGGGGGUAUGAAGCACUGAAGAAAGAGGGAAUGAAGGAGGGAGUAUAUCACACCCUGGGAGAAGGGGAGGCAGCAGGAGGAGCAGGGGGGUAUGAAGCACUGAAGAAAGAGGGAAUGAAGGAGGGAGUAUAUCAUACCCUGGGAGAAGAGGGGGCAGCAGGAGGAUCAGGAGGGUAUGAAGCACUGAAGAAAGAGGAAAUGAGAGCGGAAGUAUAUCAUACCCUGGGAGAAGGGGAGGCAGCAGGAGGAGCAGGGGGGUAUGAAGCACUGAAGAAAGAGGAAAUGAGAGCGGAAGUAUAUCAUACCCUGGGAGAAGGGGAGGCAGCAGGAGGAGCAGGAGGAGCAGGGGGGUAUGAAGCACUGAAGAAAGAGGAAAUGAGAGCGGAAGUAUAUCAUACCCUGGGAGAAGGGGAGGCAGCAGGAGGAGCAGGAGGAGCAGGGGGGUAUGAAGCACUGAAGAAAGAGGGAAUGAAGGAGGGAGUAUAUCACACCCUGGGAGGGGAGGGGGCAGGUGGAGGAGAGUGAUAUUAAUUAGCAGGGAAGGAUGAGGAAUAUUGAGAUAGUGGAAGAUAAGAACUAGACACAGCUAUUUCUCAAAAAAUAAAUAAGCUUUUACAUGCCUUUUCAUACACACAUACGCGCAUUGAGUGCUUGAGCCAUUAAAAUCAGCUGUCAGGUGGGUAAAGGGUGAGCACCUUCACUUUUUCCAGGAAAACAAUUUUUCUUAUGUUUUAUCAUGUCAUAUCAAAUCAAAUCAUGAUGCAUUAUUCCUUUAGAGAUUGAUAAAAGUCUCUGGAUCUGUUGUCUCUUCCGUUAAAUGUAUUUGCCUUGCCAACAUCUUGUUCUAAUGUUCCAUUUUAGCACAUAAGAAAUGGUGUAAUAUUGUAAAAUUUCCAGUUUUGCAAUUAGAUGUAACAGCGCUUUAGAUAUCAGCUCAAUAUGAAAAUGUACCUUAAGAGAUCGCCUCUCUCCUGUUGUUUUAUCUGCGCUUAAAUAAAGAUAUUUUGAUAACA